AUGCGUCGCGCCGCCGCCGCCGCCGUGGCGGCCAACCCGCAGCUCCUGGCGGGCGCGGUUGAGGCGGCGAUCGCCUCCCGGUCGCCGCGGCUCGGCCGAGCGGCCCACGCGCGCGCUCUCAGGCUGCUGGCCCCGGCCCUCCCGCCUUUCAUCUGCGCGCACCUCGUCAACCUCUACUCCAAGCUUGACCUCCCGGGCGCGGCCGCCGCGGCGCUGGCCGCGGACCCCAGCCCCACCGUGGUGUCCUACAUGGCCUUCAUCUCGGGCGCGGCGUAG